AUGACACAAGACAAGCCCGAAGCUCAAUCUGAAGCUCAGAGACCCGACGAGAGCGAAGGCGUUGCCGAUGAGCUGAGUUACCGCUCUCUUCUCGAGAGAGUUCGCACUCUGGUCUUUGCUGUGCUUUUUUAUGGAAUCUAUGGAAACUCUGGAUUUGAAGUCGUGGGCUUACUGGGACUGAUUGCUGAGGAUGUGCAGCUUGUCACUUUUUUCCUCUGUAUCGAUAUGGAAGCCAUUUAUUGGAUUCCACCUUGGAUUGCCUCCACUGUCCAAAGAUCGUAUGAGAACAUGGCAUGGCAGCCAUUCAUAAGUAUUUUCGGUCUCUGCUGUGCCACCAUCGUCUUCAGUUGGGUUAAUGCUCUGAUAGUCGCAUGGGGAUUCAUUCGAGGCCAACACAAAUUCAUACUACCCAUUCGAUUCUUACGUUUGAUUGCCUCUGUGCUGCCAACCAUGCUCUUUCUGCCUUUGGUAAAAGUGCUGAUUGCUCCUCUGAUAUGCGGUGACACUUGGUGGGACACUAGUGUAGUCAUUGCACAGGAUUCGCUUGCCACCAUGUCGUGUAGCUCCACGACCAGAAUCGUCCUAAUUAUCGCUGCUGUGUUCUUCCUGAUAUUGCUUGUAUGCUUCUGUUGGGUCUUGAACGGAGCCUUUCUAGAUAUCAAUCCGACUCAUAAAGCGCCAUUGGCAAAAGUGCAUGGACGAGCCGACAUUAUUUACAGUGUUUUGAAGACGUGUGUUGUCUGCGUGUGGAAAUUAGCUCCCGAAUCUUGGUAUCUAAUCAAGAUCGCUACGGUUGCUCUUGCUGCUGUGACAAUUGCACUUUCAAACUUGUACUGGUUGCCAUUCUACAAUCCAAUUCUCAACCACAUCAGAGUUGGAGGCACCAUAGCCGCCGCUGUUUGUGGUUUGAUUUCGUUCAUUGCUGCAGUCCGCUACAGUCCGACGGGCGAAAAUGUCGGGCCUUGGUACGUUUUCGCAUCUAUGAUCGGGACGUAUCCAUUUUCAUUCUUUGGUGGAUGUAUGUUGUCGAGAUGGUACCACAAUUCCCUGAUUUCAAGUGUCCGAGCAAAACUUGCCGAAAUGAAGAAGACUGGAGCAGACACGGAAGACCAGAACGACCUUGUGUUUAGAUUCUCAGUCAAUGUUGAACAAGUUGCUCGUUUUGCUACUGCCCACAUGAGCGAAAGAAAACGGCAGCCGGACUUGUCGAAAUUGAAUGAGCUUUUACUUGUGUUUAGAAGGGGCUUACUCGAGUUCCCUAACUCAUCUUUGUGUCGUUUCUCUAUGGCGAACUACCUGUACCAUCUCUCUGAUGGUACCUUUGGAUUGAUGGAUAGAAUUCGAAAGAUUGAAGGGCUACAACCGCCCUCUGAUCUACUCUUUCAAGUGUACUUUUUACGUCAAAUGUCUACACAAGGUCAAGAAGCUGACUUUUUGGGAUCGCACGUGAAACUGGACAUCGCCUCGUAUGCUGAAUUCAAGAAGGUCAAUUACGAAGCCAAAUUCCAACAUCAGUUGGCUCUGCAAUGGCAACGAGAGAUGUGGACACUACUGAAAAAUCCUAGCCACAGGCAGGAUGAAUUAGAGAACAUUGCUAUAAAUCUACACGAAACCGCAAGGCUCGCCAACACGGCUUACCUACAACUCGUAACCCGCUUUCCAAAAUCCAAAGUUUUGCUAAGAUACUAUGCCCAAUUUCUCUUUGAUAUCACCAACGAAUCAUACAAGGCUGCUACUCUCUUGGCUCGAGCUGACGCUAUAGAAGACGAUUUGGGAGAGGACGAAGCUUUCCAACCCGAACAGUAUCGCCAAGCAAGCACCGACAAUGAUGAGAACGGCGCUAGAGAUUCUGAAGAAUCAGAAAAUAUUAGAAGCACUGCAGAGCUUGAGACGAGUGAUGAUAUUGAAGGGAGUAGUGACGAUCCAGCGAGUGUAUCCGUGGUCCCUGUUGACAGAGCCCAUCCAAACACCUUCUCCAACGACACUGGUAUCUCAGAACAGCCCAAUACAGAACCUGCUUCCAAGGAAAUGAAGCAAGACCAUUCCGUAAACUUCAGAUCUUCGCAAUCAGAACGAGAUCAAAAAGCUGACAUGGAGAGACGGAGCGAAGUUUCUAAAGACAGCACAGUGAAUUCGGAAAUGAAAUCAUACCAAUUAUCCCAGUCUCUUCGUACUGCUAUAUUGUCUCGUAAUAUGAAUGGCAUCACCAUCAUUGUCGUGACUGCAUUCCUGAUUGGUGUUACUGGUCUUGGUGUUUUGAUUGCCAACUACAUCGUUAUUACCGACUUGUUAUCAUCCACGAGUAGUGCGUUGAUAAGCUUAAGCGCCCUGCAUACCAGAGAAGAUAAAACUGCUUUGUGCUUCAGACGUGCACGACAGCUUCAAGAUGCUCACGCCGCCGGCAAUCCUACACUCUUUGCUACCAUCCAAUCAACAUUUUAUGAUGACAUGGUUGCAUUAAGGAGCAGUGCUCAAUCGGCAUUUGAUCAACUAGAUCGAGCCAAUUCCGAACUUUAUUCUUAUUGGACAACAUCAGUUGUUUCCGUUAACAUGAGCUACUUCCCGGCUAUAACAACACGAGUGGAAGUCGACCAUACACUGUAUGAAGUCAUCAAUCUAUUUGCUGAUUCUGGCGUUGAUUUGGCGACCAGACCAUACACGGAUCCGCGAUGGGGUAACCUGUCAACGGACAACUCUUUUCGAUACAUUGCAGACAAUUUCUUUUGGAUUCAAAAGACCGCGUACGACUAUAGUAUGAAUGACUUGUUUUUUGCUCAAUACUAUGACAAAAGUGAUAAGGCUGUUCGAGAAAUUAUUGGACUGACAGUGACGCUGAUUGCUACGGCUGCAGUUGCAAUCCUGGUUUUGGACUACAGAGUUGUGGUUUUUCGCCGCAAGCAAAGAGAGGCUCUAGGCAUUCUUUCGAAAAUCCCUCGAAGUGCUGUUGCUGAAAUGUUGCAGCGUCUAGACGAAACAGCAGAAGAAGACAUAAUGGGCCAAGAAAACCUUGCUCAAAAGGCUCGAAAUGUAGUCGCAGUUCACCGAAGUGACCAAUACAACUUGGAAUGGCGGGCUCGUCUUGAAUACAUAUCCUACUUGUGCUUCUUGAUUGUUCUGUCAGUCAUCUUUGCUUCGUUCAAUGCAAAGGGUAUCUACUCAAUUGGACAGUACUUUGCAAUGUUGGAUCAGUUUGGAGAUUCUGCUACAUUUCCUACAAGAGCAGUUUCUCUCAUCAAUGAACUCCAGCGGCAAGAUUGGAUUACAUGGGGAAACGAGAGUAAUUUACGGAGCAAUCUGGUGCUUGAUGCAGGAAUUGACAAUUACGUGCAAAUAUGGCAAAACGUCUUGUAUGGUGACGAGACAAGAUAUCCACCCAGCCCUGUGCAUAAUCAAUACGCAUCAGAUAUACAGUAUACGUUCGAGCAAUUGGCUUGUUUACCCACUGAUCAAACCGUUUGCAACAAUCGCGUGUAUAAUACGUCGAUUCCAGGGUACUCUUCUACAAUAGUCACAAAUGGGUUGAAGACCUUGAUGACUAGUUUCAUGGCUGAUCUAGAGGGGAUGGUUGCUGCAGCAGCGGCUGGACCAUUUAUACCCGACGCCGACACGUACAAUCUGAUGAAUGCAGUGUUUGAGCCAGACAUACUAGAUGGAUUUAUAAGGUUGAAAAAUCUGGCCAACGCUGACGCUCAAGAGUACUUUGCUGUCAGUUCAGUAAGAAAUAACAUUAUCUUUGCUUUUGAAGUGAUUUUAGUCUGUCUGGGUCAGGUGGUUGUUUUUCAUCGAAUGGUUCGCAAUCUACGGAAUAUGGAAGAGUGUAUUGCAGACGUGAUUGUGAGACUUCCGCUAAAUGUACGAAACUUGCCAGUUGUCACCGCUUUCCUUGAAAAGGAAGAACACAGGCUCCCCGCAAAAUACACGAAAGGUUCAAUUUCCGUCUUGAAUCUCCAAUAUGCUGUGGAAGGCAUGAUAUCGGGGCUAAGCAGAGGUCUUGCUCGACGAAACACACACGCCGACGAACUACCGAGCCAACUCUCGGCUCCAAUCAAGAAAAUGGGCAGCUCAACCUUAAACGUGAACGUGAUUAUGGAUUCAAGACGACUUAGUUCCAACGCCCAUGUCGAUGGUGCCGUGAUGCGGACUGUACAAAUGUCUGGAGACGAACGACGAUACAGUGACCAGAUGCGUCGAAUGACCAGUCCGAUGCAUGUGCCUGGGAUGGGCGCAUCUCAGCCUCAAAUAAGAGAAAGUGGGUUGACGAGAGAACGCUCGGAGAUGUCUGUCGGAUCCAACCCAUACAUGAUGACAAAGCAAAAAUCAAAUGUUGGCAAGUUUGUAUCUAUUCAAGUUAGCCCGGACCAACAAACGUAA